GAGUUCCUGUCUGCGUUGUAGUUUAUUUUCUGGUGUUUCAUCAACAUGCUGAAAUCUUCCAUAAUGAUACAUCAGCGAGAAGAACUUGAACCAUAAUUCUUAAAGCACUUCAUUUUUUGUCAAUAUUGAACUUAAGAGAGUUGGGCUACUAAAAGACUACAAUGAAGCUUGUGCACCGGGAUUUCGACAAGAACAACUCGGGAUCACUUGGUUUGAUCCCCGAGGAAUCGGAAGAUAUGUGGCAUACAUACAAUUUGGUGUCAGUCGGAGAUACCAUAAGAUCCACCACAAUCAGAAAAGUUCAGAAUGAAUCGGCGACUGGCAGUGUCAGUGUGAACAAAGUGCGCACCACCCUCACCAUCCAGGUAGAAACGAUCGACUUUGACACUCAGGCCUGUGUGUUGAGAGUGAGUGGGCGGAACAUCAGCGAAAACCAGUAUGUCAAGAUGGGGGCGUACCACACUCUCCUCCUCGAGAUGAACAGACAGUUCACGCUCAGCAAGGCAGAAUGGGACAGUGUAGCCAUAGAGAGAAUAGAUAUCGCCUGUGACCCAGCACAGCAUGCAGACCUGAUGGCCAUCGUCAUGCAGGAAGGAAUCGCCCACGUGUGCCUGGUCACACCAAGCAUGACCUUGGUCCGGGCCAAGAUAGAAACCAGCAUUCCCCGCAAGAGGAAAGGCAUGUGCGACCAGCACACCAAGGGGCUUCACAGAUUUUUUGAUCAGAUCAUCCAAGCCUUUCAGCGACACUGCAACUUUGACAUCGUCAAGUGUGUGCUGGUAGCAAGUCCAGGUUUUGUCAAGGACCACUUUGCGGAUUACCUGUUUGCCCAGGCGCAGAAGAUGGACGACAAGACGCUCAUCGACAACAAGUCCAAGUUUGUGAUGGUCCACUCUUCCUCGGGCUUCAAGCAUUCUCUCAAAGAGGUGUUGGCCGAUCCAGCGAUAGCGACAAAACUGUCGGACACAAAAGCCGCCGGGGAGGUCAAGGCUUUGGACGACUUCUACACCAUGCUGCAGGUUGACCCCAACAAAGCUUACUAUGGAGCGCGACAUUGUGAGAGAGCCGCUGAGGAACAGGCUGUAGAAACUUUACUCAUAUCUGACGAACUGUUCAGAAUUGGGUCAGCUCUCGGGUGUGGCUGCGAUUCUUCGGUUCCCGAUGCACGAAGACGAGGAUGAGGACGAUGAGAGGGAUUCUGAUUCCGAUUGACCCCUGCUUAGAUUAUAAGUGUUUAUGUUGAUUUAUCUGCUAAAAAUAUGUAAUAUAAUAUAUAUAUAUAUAUUCAGUUACUGAGUGAAAAGGAAGGUGUCCCUCUCUUUCUCUUGCUCUCUCCUCCUCUUC